UUGAGGAUGUGGUGUUCCACCAGGAACGGCCACAAGAGCAUAGACCAGGAUCUGAUAGCAGUGCCGUGGCUGCGGCGCUGCGAGAAGGAAUGGAGCUCCUUCUUGGACAACUGCAGCAGCAGCCUCAUACCCGUAAACGACAAUGCGAGGACUCGGUGUCUGAUGUACCACGCUCACCAACCAACAAACGGAGACGGGUGAAUGAUACACUGAUUGAGCCGGAUGAGCGUUCUGAUCUUUCGUCGAGUCUACCUCCCCCAGCCGUCCUAGAGGCUGUGAUCGAUGCAUACUUCGCCCUUGUACAGCCGUGGAUCCCAAUAUUUCACGAAAAGAGAUUCAGGCGGCGGCUGAGGAGCCCGGACAAGUCUCGCCUGGAAGUUGUGCUGCAUGCGAUGGUCGUUGCGAUGCUGAAGCACGCGGACCAAUCUGUGCUUCCGGCGGACCUGGAUGAUAUCGAAGCCGUGUGUGAACGAUCCCGGAAGAUUGUUGUCCUGACCGCAAUGGACGAUCUCUACGUGGAGAACUUGCAGGCCUUGAUUAUAUUAUGUUUUGAGGAUAUUGGAUCCGGGAGGGUCUCUCGAGCGUGGCCGAUUGUAGGUUCCUUGACGAGGACAGUCGAGUACCUCCAGCUGAGCGUCGAGUCGGAGAACCACGACACUGGACGAGUGUUGCAGCCUCGGCCUUCCCUCCCGGUGGCUGCAGACUGGGUGGAGGAGGAAGAACGACGGCGCGUCUUCUGGACUGUUUUCAACUUGGACAGAUGGAACACCAGCCUCACCUCCAACGACGUCCACCGCCGCCUCCCCGCCGACGGCGGCCUCUGGCACAACGAGGAACCCGUCACAACACCCUUCUUCGGCAUCUGGGACCGCUCCGCCGGCAAGAUCGGCACUCUCAUCGCUUUCCUACCUACCGACAAGCCAUCCCCCACCGCGCAGGUCGACAUGUCAACCGUCGGCGCCUUCGCCUACCGCGUCGAAGCCACCGAGUCGCUAAGCCGCGUAACGACCUUUUUUCUCCAACAGCGGAUCAACCACCGCGACCGCCAGGAGAUGGGAAGCUGGCUCAUGCGGUUCAAGGAGCUGGAUCUCCGUCUGGUCAGCUGGAAGAUGUUUCUCCCGCAGAAAUGGAAGGACACGAAUAUCUCGCGGCAGCCGACGGUCGUGACGAUGGAUCCGAACCUGACGCUGGCGCAUAUCACGCACAACACGUCGAUGAUUCUGCUGCAUCAGCGGAUUGCGUAUCCGCCGCCGGAGUGGUUGGAGGUGGUGAAGUUGCCGACCCUGUCUAGCGCGGAGACGUGCGAGGCGGCGGCGGCCGAGACGGCCAAUAUCACGGAGAAGUACCUGGGAAAUUGUCCGCGGGAGGGAGUUGUGGAUAGCCAGUUUGCUUUUUGUGUGUUUGUCAGUGCAAGGCGGACCCCUGGAAUAGUGCACUGGCGAUACUAUGGUACGCCCUUAUCGCCAGAUUACUGGACACUCAUGAAAUGCCUCGAUGCCAUGGCAACACGCUGGUCAGGCCUUGUACAGGCGAGCCGCCAGAACUCAGCAGCCAGGUACUUUGGCCAGCUGAAUGCCAUCCACCGGGCGUGUCAAAGUGACGAAAAUUUUAAGCUGGACGUCCUGGGCUACUCCAACGAGAUAGAAUGGACGGGAGAUUGCCAGCAAACACCACCGGCAGCAGUACCAGCACCUGAAAGCACAACCGGAUUGUCACAGGUUGCCUUUCAUCCAGAUCUAGCACCAAUGCUGCAGUCUAGUCCGGCGAGAAUGAGCUACAACACAGGCAGCCCGGACGAAUUGACGAAAGUGACCUCCAUGCUGCUAGACCAGCAGUACUCGGAGAUGGACCGGAUCAUCAGUUUAAACAAUGCGUAUUUCGCAUCAGAUGUAGCCUAUGGUACUUGA